AUGCACAACUCUGAAGGGUCCAGUGCUAUUCAUUCCCCACUGACUCUCAAUCCCAACCAAACGCGCUUUGUCCUCUCGCAACUUGGACCCGACUCCCCUCAUGUCCCGGUUAUCACCUCUACGCAAUCUACCAACCAACUUUGCCUCGUCCUCUCUCAACUGCUUUCCUCACCUGAUCUAACUUGGUUGAUUGCGUCGACCUAUCGGUCGAUUUUGUUCCAUCUUUGCGCGUUAUGGCUGGACGAAACACAAAAUACCGAGGCGCAGUUAGGGGCAAUCUGCGAUCUCGUUCAAGUGCACGAAGAAUUAUUUCCCCUGCUGUAUGAUAUGCUCCGACGACCAGACCUCUUGAAUGGUCCCCUCACAUUUGUCCUCGACUUUGAAGACCCCAGUGUCAUUGAUCACACCCGUUUGCAACGGCUCCUGCUUGCCUAUUAUCGCAUUCUCCAAAUCAAUCGACAACUGCCUGGAGAUCUUCAAUGGUCUCUUCUUCCUCUCUCUCGACUAAUGUGGACUGCUGAACUCAACGUCGCCGCCCGUGUGUUGGCCAUUCGUUGUUAUGCCUUGCAGACCGGGAUGGGAGAGGGAGAGCGGGAAAAUUUGGAGCACCAAUUGCUCAGAGACGCGUACUCAUUAGAGUCCCCCUUGGAUUAUGGUGUUGACUUGGAGGGUCGCCGUCAGGAAGUGGAUGUUUGGAUCAUGCCUUUUGUCGAACUCCAACGGGUUCAAGAAAGGAGAAAGGACUUGUUGCAGAAACAAGAAUGGACAACGGCCAAUGUAGAUGGUAUACCGCUCCCGCCGGUAGAACUCAGUCCUCGCCUGGUGAACGUUGAAGGGAUUUUACUUUUUCGAUCGAUGAAUUCUGGAACGCCAGGUUCUGAGGCGACCCAGUCGUCUUUGAUACCAACGCCGACAACAACAAAAGCUCUGCGCUCCUUAGCGACUCAACUCUCUCUCCGCCUUCCAUCACUGCUAACGUCCCCUCCAUCAUCAGGGAAAUCGUUAGUGAUUCACCACCUGGCACACCUACUUCAUCCCGGAGAGCAAAACCAACUUGUCAAUAUCCAUCUGGCAGACACCUCUCUUGACCCGCGAUCACUGCUGGGUUCUUAUGUCUCGUCCACUACCCAACCUGGCACCUUUGAAUGGAAGGAGGGUGUUCUCAUUCGUGCUAUGCGUCAAGGAAAAUGGGUAGUACUGGAAGAUAUCGAUCGCGGAAGCAAUGAAGUUCUUGGUAUCCUCAAACCUCUCGUGGAAUCAUUGGGACUUGGUAAAUGGAUUGGACAACGCGCCUCCCUGGAAGUUCCAGGUCGAGGUCGCGUCACAGCUGCUGAUGGAUUUGCCAUCUUUGCGACCCGGUCUGUGCAUCUGUCGCGGACGGGCUCUCUCCCUCCCCCUUUAUUCUUUGGAGCACAUAAAUUCCACGAAAUUCAUUUGACAUCGCCCACGUCAGAAGAGCUUCAGAUUAUUCUUGAUUCACGUUUUCCACCUCUCAAAGGCCCGCCCAUUCGCAGUCUGAUUCAUCUGUGGGACUCUCUCAAGGCUUUAGGGUCCACGGCAUCGACAAGGGAUAUUGGCUUGCGUGAGCUGGACAAGUUCUGCAGUCGCGUCUCGAGGCUAUUACCGAGCUCAUAUGCCGCAAUGGAAGUUUUGGAAGAACAACCGAUGUUAUCGUCUGUGUUCACGAAUCCUGCUCUCAGAGAAGAUAUUUACCUCGAAGCACGUGACGUGUUUUUUGGUACUGGCGCAACAACCUCCGCAGCAUUGGCUCACCUUCAAUCUGUUGGACGACUCAUAGCGCAACAUCUUUCCCUUGACGAGGAGCGCAGUGACUGGGUCCUGAAGCGGCGGACGCCUGAAUGGUUCACAGAAAAAGAUGCGAACGGUCAAAUCAUGGCGGUCCGCGUAGGGCGCACUGCUCUACCGGCCCGACCAGCAACAUCAGCAGUGUCCUCUGCCAAGACAAGGCCGUUCGCUAUGCAUCGACCAGCUGUUGCUUUGCUUUCCCGCAUAUCUACCGCUAUUGCUCUUGGAGAACCAGUCUUGCUCACUGGGGAGACUGGAACCGGCAAAACCAGUGUGGUCACACAUCUCGCUUCCGUCCUUCGUCGACCAUUAAUCUCACUCAAUUUGUCGCAUCAGACAGAGUCCGCCGAUCUGGUCGGUGGAUUCAAGCCGAUAGAUGCGCGCAUCCCAGGUUCCCUCUUGUACGAGCGAUUCCUGGAACUAUUCGGAGGCACAUUUAGUCGUAGAAAGAACGAGAAAUUUGAAACUGAAGUGCGGAAAGCUGUUGCAGAGGGCAAGUGGAAGUGGGCCGUGGGUUUGUGGAAGCAGAGUGCGAGGUUGGCGAAAGAACGAAUAGAGGGGAAGACUAAGCCAUUUGAGGAUUCUCAAGCCGAUUCGAGCGAAAAUGCGGACACGCCCCGCAAGAAGAGGAAGCUUGAACAUGGACUGAAGGUGUCGGCAGCUAGCUGGGUUGCAUUCGAAGGCGAGGUCCAACAAUUCGAGAUUCAACACGUCCAAGCCAGCGGCAAGUUUGCAUUUGGUUUUGUGGAGGGCCCGCUUGUGAAAGCGCUGCGUUCGGGAGACUGGGUACUACUGGAUGAAAUCAAUCUUGCAAGCCCCGAAACUCUUGAAUGCAUAUCGUCGCUUCUUCAUAGUCCAACAUCGUCGAUUACGCUGACCGAGCAAGGCUCACUGGAAGCCGUCCCCCGUCAUCCAGACUUUCGGAUAUUCGCCUGCAUGAAUCCUGCUACGGAUGUCGGCAAGAAAGACCUCCCUCCAAAUAUUCGAUCUCGGUUCACUGAGAUCGAUGUUCCCCCGCCAGACGCGGAUCAGGAUACAUUACUCAGCAUCAUUACCCAGUAUAUUGGCGACAAGACGGUGGGAGACAAAGGCGCGAUUUUGGAUGUCGCACAAUUCUACUCGGCGGUCAAGGAAUUGGCGGAUGGACGGCGCAUUGCUGAUGGAUCAAAUCAUCGACCACAUUACAGUAUGCGUACCCUCGCACGUGCCCUUACUUUUGCUGCAGAUAUUGCCCCCCUAUAUGGACCUCGAAGAUCUAUUUGGGAAGGAUGCAUGAUGGCUUUCACGAUGGUUUUGGACGAGGAUAGCGCUCGAACUGUCAUUGCCCUUGGACACAAACAUCUUCUUGCUGGUGUUAGGAACCCACGGACCUUUUUUACCCAAGAGCCUACGGCACAGGGUGUCAACUUUGUUAAAUUUGGUCCGUUUUAUCUCGAAAAAGGACCAAUCGAGCCCGACCCUGUUGAGGAUUACAUCAUGACUCCUUCGGUCGAAGCAAAGCUCAUUGAUUUAGCUCGCAUCAUCGUUACGCGUCGGUUUCCUGUCCUGAUUGAAGGACCAACUUCCAGCGGCAAAACAAGCUCUGUUGAAUAUCUGGCCAAACGGACUGGUCAUCGCUUCGUACGCAUCAACAACCAUGAACAUACCGACAUUCAAGAAUACAUCGGCUCCUACGUUUCUGAUGCUGCCACGGGCAAACUUGUUUUCAAAGAUGGUCUGUUAGUUCGUGCCCUUAGAAACGGCGAUUGGAUAGUGCUUGACGAACUUAAUCUUGCCCCAACGGAUGUGCUGGAAGCCCUAAAUCGGUUAUUGGAUGACAAUCGAGAGCUGGUCAUUCCCGAGACACAGGAAGUUGUUCGGCCCCACCCACAUUUUAUGCUAUUUGCCACCCAGAAUCCUCCAGGCCUCUAUGCGGGCCGCAAAAUUCUGUCCCGUGCCUUCCGGAAUCGCUUCUUGGAGGUGCACUUUGCCGACGUUCCUCAAACCGAAUUGGAGACCAUUUUGUGUCAACGGUGUCGCAUUGCCCCGUCUUAUGGCAAGAAAAUUGUUCAUGUUUUCCGCGAACUACAACAACGUCGUCAAGCCGGGCGGGUUUUCGAGACAAACCAAAGCUUUGCGACGCUUCGCGACCUUUUCCGAUGGGCGGGCCGAGAUGCCGUCGGGUAUCAAGAGUUGGCCGAAAACGGAUAUAUGCUUCUUGCAGAGCGAGCCCGCCGGGAUGACGAUAAAAUCAUAGUCAAAGAGGUCAUCGAGUCCGUUAUGGGUGUCAAAAUCGACGAAAGUGCCAUGUAUGAGCUUCGUAACCCCACCCUCAACUUGGCCGAGUAUUUGGGCUGUCCCAUCCCACCGAAUUCGUCUGGUUUGAUCUGGACUCGUGGCAUGCAACGCCUCUUUGUCCUGCUUAGCCGCGCUCUCCGCUUCAACGAACCCGUUCUUCUCGUUGGCGAAACAGGCUGCGGCAAGACUUCCGUUUGUCAGCUCUUUGCUCAGACUACUUCCAAAAAUCUCCAUAGUCUCAAUUGCCAUCAGAAUACCGAAACAGCAGACCUUAUUGGUGGCCUUCGUCCCGUUCGAAAUAGAGCCGCUCGAGAGGCGGAUGUGUGUCGAGCUGCCCUCGAGGAACUUCAAUCACUUGGUGUGACGCUGGCCACGCCUGACCUGGCUUCAGUUGAACGGGCUCUACAAAGUGUGCUGGACUCUUCCAUUCAAGCUGAAUCUCGUACCCGGCUAGAGGCCCUACUCCGUGAUUGUCACCGUAUCAAAGCCAUCUUCGAGUGGCACGAUGGUCCUCUUGUAGAGGCUAUGCAUUCAGGCGACGUCUUUCUUCUCGACGAGAUUUCUCUUGCAGAUGACUCUGUGUUGGAACGACUGAACAGUGUCCUUGAGCCAGCGCGGUCCCUCGUUCUCGCUGAACGGGGGGGAGAUGACCUUGAAAAUCCCACCAUUGUUGCUACGCCAGCGUUCAAGCUGGUUGCAACUAUGAAUCCAGGUGGUGAUUACGGGAAAAAGGAACUCUCGCCUGCACUUCGCAAUCGAUUCACCGAAAUUUGGGUUCCUGCUGUUGACGAUCGUUGCGACCUGGAGCUCAUUGUCGAGCGAAUGUGGAAGCACGAUGCAUUUCGACCACACACCACCAAAGUUCUUGAUUUUGCGGACUGGCUUUCAACCAGGGUCUCUGAUCGGUCCCUCGUUAGCUUGCGAGACAUUUUGGCUUGGGUGGAGUUUUCAAAUGCUGUCUUUUCCCCCGACGGUAUGUCUAUUGAAGAAAUAUUUCAUCAUGCUGCAAACAUGACUUUCCUUGAUGGGCUAGCGUCUUUGCCCCAACUAACCGCAUACUCUUCGGGAGCAAUCAUACGACUGAAGGCAGAAGCUCAGGAGCAGGUAAAACGCCUAGCUCCGUUGUCAACGUCCGAUGUCUUUGUACCGAACUUUGACGCUCAAUGGGUGCAAUUGGGAACAUUUGCGAUUUCCAAAGGUCCAGAAGAAAUAUCAAUCCCCUCGUUCAACCUACGCGCUCCUACAUCACAAGAUAAUGCUAUGCGUGUCGUUCGCGCUCUACAAGUGCGGAAGCCGAUACUGCUCGAAGGAAGCCCAGGGGUGGGCAAAACAAGUUUGGUGACCGCAUUGGCCCAGAUCACGGGACAUCGGCUAUGCCGAAUCAAUCUUUCGGAACAGACUGAUCUCGCAGAUUUGUUCGGAGCUGAUCUCCCAGCAACAGACGGAGAUGUUUUUGCAUGGAAAGAUGCCGAAUUCCUUACAGCUCUUCAACAAGGAGACUGGGUUCUGCUCGACGAGAUGAAUCUGGCGCCACAAGCUGUGCUCGAAGGGUUGAAUGCUGUUCUUGACCAUCGCGGUACAGUGUACAUUCCCGAACUGUCGCGCUCUUUCGCCCGGCAUCCUGAAUUCCGGAUAUUCGCUGCACAAAACCCCCUCAGUCAAGGAGGUGGACGCAAAGGAUUGCCCAAGUCUUUUGUUAAUCGCUUCACAAAAGUUUAUGUGGAAGAACUUUCGCCCAGUGACCUACUCCUCGUCUGUCAACAUUUAUUCCCCGUCAUUGAUACUCCUACGCUUCAAGCAAUGAUCGCCUUCAAUAGCGCCCUUAACUCCGAAGUCUCAGUCAAGCGGGCAUUUGGUCACUCCGGCAGUCCUUGGGAAUUUAAUCUGCGCGACGUGUUGCGAUGGGCCUCUCUGCUCGAGUAUAUCAAACCCGCUGUUUCUCUCCAAGAUUUGGUUCGACCGAUCUAUCUUGACCGCUUCCGCGAGCCUGAAGACAGACGUCGAACCCAACAAUUGUUUGACCACAUCUUCCAAACCAAGUCUUCUGUGCAGGCUCCAAGCUGGGCUGUUUCGGCGGGCUACUUCCAAAUAGGUAGCUUCCACUGUGCACGCCGAAAUCUUUCUUCUCUUUCACGUCCGGGUCGCGUGCUCAAAGCACACUUGGCUGCUCUCGAAUCUCUCGCUCACUGUGUUUCACAAUCAUGGCUGGCGAUAGUCACCGGCGGUCGGGACAGUGGAAAAACCGAGCUCAUACGAUUGCUGGCUGACAUCUCGGGUGUUUCUCUGCGUCACGUGUCGCUCAAUCAUGCAACGGACACGAUGGACAUAUUGGGCAGUUUCGAACAGGUAGAAAAGGGAGUUCAGCUAUUGACCUCCGUCAAUGAGCUAAUUUCGAUUGCGAUCUCUCUCCGUAACUCAGUCGGCGGAUCCACGCCUUUAUUCCAUUUGGCUCUGCAGCAACUUGCCGAAGCUCGUCAAGAGGCCCCUUCGCGUAUCCUCGAAGCCGCGACUGCUGUGGUAGAUGUCAUUUUGCCCCUCACAAGGGACCCGGACAAGGUUCAGCUCGUGCUUUCCGAUAUUCGGGAAAUCUCCGAAUCACGUGCUCACACCAGUCAUUUCAAGUGGGUUGAUGGACCGCUUGUCCGUGCGAUCAAGGAGGGCGAGUGGAUUGUACUCGACGGGGCCAACUUAUGCAGUCCUUCAGUGUUGGAUCGCCUUAACUCUCUUUGUGAACCCAAUGGUUUUAUCACUUUGAGUGAACGUGGGUUUGUUGAUGGCGGUAUACAGGUCCUUAGACCCCACCCAGAUUUCCGCAUCUUCAUGACCGUCGAUCCGCAGUACGGAGAACUCUCCCGCGCUAUGCGCAACAGAGGCAUCGAGAUCUUCCUUGAACCGACAUUAACAACUGAUGACCUGGCGAUCAUACAAAGUCAUCGUCGCCUUCCUGACAGAGCUAUGGACGCACUGAUUUUCGACGGUAUCCGCCGUGGCUCUAGUGUCUACCACACAAUACUCCCAGAUACGGUUUCAGCUGCUCGGGUCCUCGAUCACGACUCAACAUUAUCUGCAUUCUUGGACUACCCCUUGUCAUUUGAACCAUCGCCGGCCUACCUUCAUUUCCUUGCUCGAAGCAUUCCGCCUCGCCAGAAACAUCUCAUCAGCCGUAUCAUGUCAUAUGUCGCGGGAGGGAACAACGCGGUCGUCAAAUUUGUUGAACAGGUGCCCACAAAAUACCUCAAAUCAGCUAUUGUCUCUUCUCUGAAUGCAUAUGCGGAUCUGGGUUAUGUCCCUUCAGACUUUGUUGCCUCCCAGCCCUUCAUUUUGUCGCUGAAGGAAUCGACACAUCCUUUGCUACCGGCCCUAGACCUCGAUGUUGCAGUCUACCUGCACUCUUCUGCCAUACCGUUUGAAUCAAAAAUGCCAGACCAGUCGAGUGGAAUCGCGCGCGCCGCCAACGAGAUUGCUGCGGUGGUUGCGGCUACCGAGAAUUGGAGCAUUGCGAUUCUUCAGAACUUGCCAUCGUAUGGACCCGUCGCGAUGAGACUGGCCUCAACAGUCAUUGCGUAUGCAAACGAAUUGCGACAAGUUCUGAUUGGCUCCCAUUUCGACUAUUCUGUAGUUCAUGUCGUCGCUGAAUGGCUUGUGACAGCCCUUGAACAUGGCCCACCGGAUUCUGUCACUCUAGGGAAUCAUGCAAAAGCCUUACAACAAAUCACUAGUCUUUCUUCCGGUCUCGGAAUCAAGGAGAUAUGGAACAAAUUUUCUACCACAGGCCCUAUUGGUAGUGUCAAUACCAAACGUCUGGAUCAGCUUGCUUCUCACUUGAAGGACGGCCCUACUGAUACUGCUCUACGUCAUCAAUGCUUCAAUGUCAUGUCCUUAUCCUCUUUAUCUCCGUCACAUUCUGGUGGUGAUGAUGCCCGACUUGCCCUUACAAAGCUUGCACAGGAUAUCGAAAUUCGUUUGGAAGCCGGCAUAUCGGACCAAAUACUAGCUCGUAAUAGUGGUUCGGACCUGGGCUCCUUGGCUAUCCAACUGGGAAUCCUCAGUCGGCCGUAUCACGAUGAUGUCGUCAAGAUCGUCGAACGACUUGUACAGAUCGAGUGUUCGAUGCAUGAUAGUACUCUGCUCCCUCUGAUCGGAUACCAACAUCUUGCUUGGACACUCGAUGCGUUGAGAGAUAUGUUCACGCCGUUACUUCAUCUUCAAAUGCAGUGGAUGGAUGAAAUCUGGACCAGCGGCUCAGAAGAGGGGCCCGCUAUGCUUUUCCGACCUUUCCAGCUACGCUCUGUAUUGACAGCCUGUGAUACUAGUGGAAGCUCUCUUGCUGAGUUCCCAUACUUUGAGUCACGGCUUAAGCGUGAAGCACAACUUUCCCUGCUCCAAUCUUCUCAAAUCGACUCCCGCUUAACCCAAAUGACUUCAAUGAUGCAGCAAUCAAUCGCAUUGGUUUGCCGCUGUUUCGUUGACAAAGAAGAUGUCGGAAGAGGUACUCUCAGCGAGCUACAACAUUUCAUGGACACCAUGGACAAUCAACCUUUCCGUGAUUCUGUUACGAAUCUUCUCCGACCGAACCUCGAAAAACUCACGGUACACCCCAGUAUCGCAACGCUCGGAUCUUCGUGGGUGGCGUUGAGCCACGUUAUAUUUGAUCUCUUUGUCCCGGAUGCUCCCAUCGACCCUGCUGCCAUGCAGAAUUUCGCGACCAAAUUCUGGAAGGGACAAGAGACGCUACUGACGGAGCAGAUUUCGCUGCAUUCAACACUUGAACAGGCUAUAACUGGCCGUUCGGACAACAUUAUCGUUCAAUAUCUUGAAGAACACCUGAAUGAAACCCGUAAACGACUCCCUGCAAAAUCCGAUGCUCCUGAGCGGCACGACGUUUCACGACUGCACUUAUUUUGGGCAGAAGUUGUUCAGUUCCGCACACACGUUGUCACGAAAGCUAGCGCCCUCAUAGAAACCCUAAAUGAACAAGCACUACUUCGGGAAAACGUGCUCCAAGAGUCUAUGGCUGGUUUCUGUCAGAGAUUGGUCUUGGUUUAUCCAGACUUCGCAGACUUAGGAGCCCCGCUGAAGUUCGCUGUACUGUGUUUACGUCUGGGUUUGCGCUUGAUCACGAGCAGGACUCAAUCCCCCACACAAUCAGCAUCGUUUCCAGUUGCGUUGGUGACAUUCCCCUCAGUCCAUGCAGCGACCUCUAUCCUUGCUCUUCCUCCUACCUCUGUUCCAUCGGGAGUGACACCGUUCAAGCAUAUCUUGAUCAAGCUUGCUGCUGCUUCGAAAUCAUUUUCUCUUGAUGAUUACCUGCCCAUCAUCGAGAGUUUAUACGCGCAAGCCCAACAAUUGUGGUCGCUUGAUUGCAAGCGAAGACAAGAGGAAGAAGAGGCCUCGAAUUCUUUGUAUCGUCGGAAAGAUCACCAAGACCAUGGGGAUGCCGAAAUGGAGGCACAAGAAUUCCUGUCGUUGUUUCCCUCUUUUGAGGAUGUUCUCGAUACAGACCAUCGAAUUCAGCGUGUCACGCUGAGUCACAACGCUAGUCACGUGCAACCUGCUGACAUUGAACAAUUGACGCAGCUGCAUCUUGUUCUCUUUGGCAACUCGAACUCCGAUGGUGGCAAAAUAUUCGACCUCGUUCGGGAAGAGUCCGUGGAGACUCUUCUGGAAACCAAAUUUUCUUCUCUUCCAGAUGCGCUGGAUGGUCACAGUAGUGCUUUACAACUAGCCCUCCUUUCCCGUCGUCUAUCAUCUCUGCAGACUCGUACAGGCGAUACAUAUGACUUCUACUCCGACUCCAACAUUGUGGAAGCUAAAAAGGCGACUGCCAUUGUAAAAGCACUCAAGACUCGUCUCCAGGCCUUGAUAAACCAAUGGCCUGACCAGAUGGUCUUACAUCAUCUUCUUGGUCGAUGCGACACAGUCCUCAGCCUCCAUGUUGGUAGUCCUGUCGCGAAGGUCCUGUCUGCCCUCGAGCAACUCCUUUUGCAGACAUCAGACUGGGAAAUCUACUCGAACCGACACAACACUCUCAAAGAUCACCAAACUGCUCUUACGAACCUCAUUGUCGACUGGCGUCGGAUGGAGUUGUCAUGUUGGAAUUCUCUCCUAGAAUCUCAGGCCAGAGCAUUCGAAUCCAAUAUUGCUGAGUGGUGGUUUCAUCUGUAUAAUGCCACUGUUCGGGGGUCACUUGAAGCUGUCGAGCAAGAGCUUAGCGAGCGUUCGAUUGCCACAUAUCUGGCUUCCUUCAUUCCACUUCUCGACGAGUUUCUGCGCUCUAGUCCUCUUGGCCAGUUUAAGAGUCGUAUGCAGCUGAUGCGCUCGUUUGAGGGGUAUUGCAAGAAUCUGGCUAUUCUGAAAUCAGGUGCGCAGCGGGACAUGCUGAGUCGUAUUGCACGCGUCUUGAAUGCUACUUGCGCACACUUUGAUCUCUUUUCCGCGACUAUCGCUGCAGCACUUUCAGACCAACGCAGCGCUCUUGAGAAGGAGGUCCGUGGGUUCAUCAAGUUGGCGAGUUGGAAAGAUGUCAAUGUGCAAGCACUCAAAGCAAGCGCUCAACGCACUCAUCAUCAAUUAUACAAGCUCAUUCGUAAAUUCCGCGAUGUCUUGCGGCAACCUGUUACCCAACUGAUGCACUUUGGAUCCCCAACUGAAUCAGAGGCUAAAGAGUCCAUCAACGAUCAGAUUGAUACCAUCACUUUUGCCGUUCCGACAUUCCCCGAUGCUGCGACGCAAACAGCCUCUCAUCUCACCAAUUUGCCACGCACCUUCAACAAAUUCAGUGAUAUCAUCUCUAAUGUAGUUCAACACUUGAUUUCAACCCGACCGGUGCUCGUUGUCGACGACUUCGUGGGCACCAUAAUCGUCACCAAUAAAGCGCUAUCAGCAGAAGUCAUACCUAAUGUACCUCCCGAGAGGAAGGUAAAACUCCAAAAAGCUCUUACCGUACGUAAACGCAAGGCCUGGAGCGAUCUCAUGAAAGAGCUGAAGCGAGUUGGCUUUUCAUCAACCCUCAAGCCCCAUGUUUUAGCGCGACAAUCCGAGGUUCUUUGGUUGAGAGAACAACCCCAACCGCAAUCAUGCGCGGAAAGCUUUCUCAAGAUUGAGGACUAUUUCAAUCGACUGAGCGGACUUCUACCUAGCUUGCGUUCUGCUUUGUCCAAUCACCAUCCCGACUUGAUUACUCGUGAUCUUCAAAAAGGCAUCAUGUUUGUUGAGUCCGUUUUUUCAUUUGCCAUGGACUCCAGGACACGUUUGUCUGCCGUCUUGGUGGCCCAUGACCAGCUUGAACGAAUGUGUCGCAGAUUGCGACUAUUGACUUCAUGCCCCCACGUGAAAUACCAUGGUCAAAACUUGCUUAUACAGAUUCGAGGUCUCCAUCGAGUAUAUCGUGACAUGAAGCUCGUGCUCGAUGAAACAAAGGAAGGAAUUAAUAACGUCCACGCCUUACAAUCCGAACCACAAUUCUUGCCUCUCAUCGCUGAAAUGGACACACUUGGGAUUGAAAACUCCGAACUCUGUGACAAGAUCAAAGACGUCCUUGAGAAUGUUACUCUUUCUUUGUCACCCAUUCUACUCCAUGAUGAGCAACUCGCUGUUGAACUCGCCGUUACUCACCUCAAACGUAUGGGAAGGACAGUGGACGCUUGGAUCUCGAAGUAUCAUUCUUUGAAUUACCUUCUUUCUCCCGUCAAGUCGUGGAUUGAAUCGCGAUGCAAGAUCACUCUCUCAGAAUGCGAAACAACAGUUGAGAUCGAGGACACGGACACCGUAAUCGACAUGUUACUUGUCCAUGUUCAGUCUCUCGUCGCCAAGACCGAUUCACUUGACGCGGACGUCCAGCCUGCAGAGCGCGACGGGUACAUUGAAAUAGCUCAUCAAGAUGUUCGCAACUUCACACGAUUGCUCAAACUCGAGCAAACAGUCGAAACGUUGGACCGGGUCAUAAUUCAACUAGCAGUAUAUGGAGGUAUCAACAUCAAAGCUCGUCUUGACCGUUUCCUUCCUUUUGUCGAACUUUAUCUCGGCCUCGCACAACGCCAAAUCACAGUACACUGCCAAUGGACCAAGGCGCUCUUCAAGUUGGACUAUGUUCUUUGUUCGAUCACAAGCACCAUUUCCAAAGAUGGGUUCUGUCAACCUCCCGAUGGAGAAGCCGAAGGAGCUGGCGGGGAAGUCACCGACUCGUCUGGAGGUGUUGGACUCGGCUCCGGCGAUGGAACACAGAACGUGAGCAAAGAAAUCGAAGAGGAGAGUCAAGUCGAGGGAAUGAAAGGCGAUCAAGAUGACCAGUCCCCGCAAGAUCGCAACGCUGACGACGACGCUAUAGAGAUGAGCGAAGAUAUUGGAGGUGACCUAGAGGACAUUCCUGAUGACGAGAAAGAACAAGAGGAGCCAAGCGACAAAGGUAGCGAUGUGGACCCAGAGGAGCAAUUGGGCGACUUGGAUGCUUCUGAUCCUUCCGCCGUUGACGAGAAACUGUGGGGUGACGAACAAGGCCCUCAGGACUCGACACAAAAGGACGACAAGACUAACAAGGAUCACUCGCAGCAGCAAUCAGACCAGUCUGAGAUCGUCGCUAAAGAGGGGGAAAAACCCUCUUCAGAGAAAGAGAAACAAGAGGAAGGAGAGCAAACCACGGACCCGCCAGCGACCGAACCAGAGGACGAAACAGAAGAGCAUGACGAUGGCCGGCCCGAUGCGAGUGGGGCGCCUAUGGAGGACUACAUGCAGGAUGCUGAUACCCUUGAUCUACCCGAUGACAUUGACCUAGGAAACGAUCAAGAGGACCCAACACCAGACGGGGACAUGGACAUGGACGAUGUGGCCGAUGAUGAAAUGAUGGAUAAUCAGCUGGAUCAAAACCAUCAAAACGAGCUGGACCCACCAAACAAUGACGACGACGUGCCAGAUAGCCAGGAAGAUGUUCCUAUGCCUUCCGCAGACCAAGAUCAAACGCCUGUAGAGGAUCAACCCGAAGACCCAGACGAAGACAUGGAGCCUGCUGUUGCUCAACCAGACACUACUGCAGGAGAAGGCGACGCUGAUCCAGACAGUCAGAAGGGUGAUGAAAUCGGUCAAAGUUCGUCAACCGGGCAAGCUGGUGGUACAAUGGGAGCCGCUGGACAACAGGCCUUAUCCUCUGAGGAAAAAACUCGUGACGAAGAGGGAACCUCAGAAGCCGAAAAACCCAGCCAACAAGAUACUACUCCGUCUGCUGAAGCCGAUGCUUCCGGGACAGCUCCAGAUGGGUCCCAGGAAGGACAAGCACAAUCGCAAUUCAACACCAAACUCGCCAACAAUCCGCUGCGAAGUCUUGGUGAUGCUUUAAAAGAGGUACUCCAACGGUUCAACGAGAUUUCGGAGGCUACCGAUGCUUCUGGGGAACCCCCGAAGCCUAUGGAAGACGAUUCGUCGGGCCAACUUGAAUAUCUACGGCCCGAUGAUGAUGAUCCAGAUCAAAACCAGCAAGCACUAGGGCCAGCAGGCGAAGAACAAGUUGCGAACCUCAAUGACUUGACUCUUGUUGAAGAAACACCGGGCGAACCAACUGUUCCUAUGGAUCUCGACAGUAUUUCCCCCAAGGAGGAAGAUCAGCGUGUCGACCUGACAGCCCAUCAUUGGGACAACGCGGUUGAAAAUAGCGGCCAGGAUGUAGAAGUCGCCGAUGACGAAUUCCGACGACAACGUCUCCAAGUUGACUCUGCCAAACCCGAGCCCGAACACGAUCAUAACGUGGAGGUCGAGCUGCGUAAGUGGCAAGAAAGUGGCGGGCCGAGUGAAGGAGCGAGCCACAUGUGGAGACUCUAUGAGUCACUCACCCAUGACCUGGCAUAUGCUCUCUGCGAACAACUUCGACUCAUUCUUGAGCCAACACUGGCGACUCGGCUGAAAGGGGACUAUCGCACGGGAAAGAGGCUGAAUAUGAAAAAGAUCAUUCCCUACAUCGCCAGCGAUUACACCAAGGACAAGAUAUGGCUGAGACGCACACGCCCAAGCCAACGCGAGUACCAGAUUUUAAUCUCUCUUGAUGACUCCAAGUCCAUGGCCGAGUCGCAUUCGGUUCAUCUCGCCUUUCAGACGCUUGCACUAGUUGCCAAAUCAUUGACUCGGCUGGAAGCCGGGGACAUUGCCAUUGCCAAAUUCGGGCAAAGUGUUGACAUCUUACAUGGCUUCGAUGAAGGCCCUUUCACUGACCAAGCGGGUACAAAACUGAUGAAUGCAUUCCGGUUUGAUCAAACAGCGACCAACAUGCUCGCCUUGGUCGAUACGAGCCUACGGGCAUUUGAGGCUGGACGGGAGCGACGAGCAAUGGGCUCUGCGACAGCAGCAGACCUGUGGCAACUACAAAUCAUCAUCUCGGAUGGCGUCUGGCAAGGCCAUCAAAGUCACGACAAGCUGAAAACUUUACUUCGUCAGGCGGAGGAACGACGAGUCAUGAUUGUCUUCAUCAUUGUUGACUCGUUGCGUUCUGCUGAACCUUCUGGUCUUGGUCAGCGUUCCAUUCUGAAGAUGGAGAAGGCUGAGUACAAAAAUGUUGGUGGUCGGAUGGAGUUGCACGUGGAGCGCUAUCUGGACUCAUUUCCUUUUGAACAAUAUCUGGUUUUGCGUAACGUGGAUUCGCUUCCUGAUGUCCUUUCAACCACCCUUCGCCAAUUCUUCGAGCGGUUGUCUGGAGAGUAG